GUAUACAGUUGAGAAGAGUAGCUUCCGAGACCUCGUCAAAGUCCUUGACCCGAGGUACGUUAUGCCCAGUCGUAAGCACUUCAGUAAAGUCGAGUUGCCUCGCUUAUAUAACGCAUGCCGGGCCGAAGUAGAGAAGGAUGUUCGCAGUGUGGUCCAUUAUGCCUUGACAACUGACCUGUGGACGAGCAGAGCUACGCAGCCCUACAUGAGCGUAACCAUCCAUUACAUCAGCAAAGACUGGAUCCUCCGUGCUCGCUGUUUACAGACUGCGUACUUUCCAGAUGACCACACGGGAGCCAUGAUAGCCCAAGGUCUGAGAGAUGCACUGGAGACAUGGGGACUGCAAGAAUGCCACCUUGUCUGUGUCACCACGGAUAAUGCCACUAACAACAUCUCUGCAAUGGAACUGAAUGAGUGGGAACGGCUACAGUGCUUUGGUCAUCGUCUACAGCUAGCCAUUGAGAACGCUCUGAAAGCUCUCACACCAGCAUCUACAAAGCAGGCUGUGGAACGUGCAGUUGGAGUCUGUAAAAAGGUGGUCAGUGCCUUCUCCAACUCAUGGAAGAGAAAACGUGACUUGGCCAAGGCACAAGCAGUGCUGGGCUUGCCUCCCCAUCAGCUCAUAACUGAAACCCCUACAAGAUGGGGCUCUCGGCAGCAGAUGAUAGAGAGGUUCCUUGAACAGGAGAAAGCUCUUUCACAGGUCCUCCUUGCAGACAAGAAGGCAAGACACCUGGUGCCAAGCUGGCAAGACAUGGUGGUGCUAGAGUCCUUAAACACAGCACUGGGUCCACUGUUCGAGUUUAUUGAUGCUUUGUCGGGGGAGAAGUAUGUCAGCGUAUCUUUUCUGAAGCCGGUACUGCACCUCUUUAACAACGAAAUCCUCAGCCAGAAGGAUGGGGAUACAGAGCUCACAAAAGCAAUAAAAGAGGGCAUUCUCAAGUACCUUAAUGAAAAGUAUGAUGACCAUACCACCAACAACCUUCUGGACAUGGCGACACUUGUUGACCCACGGUUUAAGACAGCCUACAUGAAGGAAGAGAGGGUGGAGUUCAUAAAAAUGAGAGCUGCAGCAGAGCUGGUGGUCAAGGUACCACCCACUCCCAGCCAAGCAGAGCAUCCAUUGAACUGGAGCUCUCCAUGUAUCUUCAGGCACCUGGGCCUGACUCGGAGACCGACCCUCUGGAAUGGUGGAGGCAGCAUGAGUUGAGUUUCCCAUCGGUGGCCAGGCUCGCCAAGAAGUACUUAAGCAUUCCCGCUACUAGUUCUUCAUCUGAAAGGGCCUUCAGUGCGAGUGGGAACAUCAUCACAUGUAAGAGGUCAUGUCUUAAGCCAAACACAGUUGACCAACUUGUCUUCCUCGCACUCAACCUCUAAAUUUGACAGAGACAUUUUUUCUACUUUUACAAAGUAGCCUUUUA